UGGACUUAUUAUUUGAAUUUAUUCAUCCCAGUUAAUUUGUACGGACCAAAUGGGAAAAUGGAAACAUUUGCCAUGUUUGACGACGGAAGUGCAGGAACCUUGUUGGAGGAAGUUAUCGCAAAGCAAUUGGGCUUCAAAGGUUUGCCGCAAAAUAUCGUGAAAAAGGAAACUACACAGCCUUUAGCAAUUAACACAAAGUUGGGAUUAACACAUGAGACAGAAGAGCCUUUGACACCGAACCACUUUCUAAUGAGAUGCACAAAUUCAACGCAAACCCCACACCCACCGGAUGAAGCUAUUUGCCUAAGGAAGCAGUGGAGGAUCGCUGACGCUAAAACUGAAGAUAGCGUGCUACUCGACCAACAUCCAAGUUAAUUAAACUUCAGUUAAGUGGUGAAGUGAAUCUUAGGACGAUUCACGGGGAGGGAGGAUGUAAGGAUUUGGUAUUUAAUUCAAGAAAAAGAUGUAUUAUUGUUUGA